AUGACUGAAGAGAAUAUUGUACCACCUAGUGAAGAGCCGGUUAGAAUACGUUGGUUAAAUGCAGCUGAACAAAAUUCAACGAUUCAAAAGCCAAUAGCACAACAUCCACAAAUACCAACAAUAAAAACAAAUAAAGUUACUGCACCAUCUGUAGUAAACAAAGCACGAACAAAGGUUCCAAGUGCACCAAAUGCUGUUCGAUUUGUUGAUCAACCUGUUUCGACUAGUUCAAUUGAUACAUCAAUUCAAUCUUCCAAAGGUAUUAAAGAAUUAAGUGCUGAAGAUAAAUUAAAAAUUGCUAAUUUAAUAAAAGAACUUGCACGUAUAAAUCAUGAAAAAGAACUUACAGAAAAUAAACUUGAACAAGAACGAAAAUUAUUUGAAGUACAAAUGAAAACAUUAUUAACUGAUUAUGAUAAAUUAAUGAAAGAUAAUCAAAAACUUCUUACACGUUAUAAUCAAACAAAAAUGAUGUUAAAUGAAUAUGAAAAAAAACCUCAAUUAUUAUUAAAACCACCAACAAAUGAAUUUCCAAAUCCUCAACGAUCAUCAACACCAAUUAAUUUACCAUUGAAAGAAUCUUCAACAGUAACACGUAUUCAACAUGAAAAUGAUUUCAUUCAACCAUCUCGUACAGCAAAUUCAAUAAUAAAUGAACAAUUUCAAUUAAAACAAUUAAUGAUGGAAAAACAAUUAGAAUUACUUCAUAAACAACAACAAAUACUUGAAAAAGAAUUUCAGCAAAGAAAUAUAAAUUCUUCAAUUGAACAAACAACUAAAUCUUCAUCAAAUUUAGCUAUUCAAACAACAACACGUGCUACAUCACCAAUAAAGCAUGAAAUAAAAACAGCUGUUGUCGAAUGUGGUACAUCACCUGUUAGACAAACAACAAAAUUCAUUGUCAAAAGUUCUGAUAAACAAGCUAAUCGUCCAAUUCAAACUCAACGAUAUGAAAUUGAUAAUAAUGAUGAAGAUCUAUUAAUAUUAUCUUUAAAUGAAUCAUAUCAUGAACAAAUACCAAAAAAAUUACCAAUAAAUAAUAAACCUCAAAUUAAUAAAAAUUCCAUGAAUGCUCUAGCAGAUUCCGAAGAACAAAAUCUUCUUAAAGAUAUCUUUUUUAUUUGUUAA